CGGCUGGGCGAGGAGCCGCGGGGCUUGGGUUUGAAGCCAGCCGAGCCGGAAGCCGGUCUGCUCCUUCGCCUCCCCUCUGUUCCUGGCGGAAACGCAAGCCCUGGAAGAGAGGUUCCGGGCUCAGCCUGAACUGGCGGCGGCAGAAUGGAGACCGGGGCCGAGGACGUGGGACUGACCCGCCGCCCGAUGCUGGCCUCUUCCUGGGAUGCCGCCUGCGGAGCCCUGGCCCACAGCCUCCGUCUCACCCGGGCUGACGUCGGCGCCCGGGACUUGGACUGGGAGGAACCGCUGGCUCCGCCUGCCCCGGGGUGCGCCGGGCCGGCGGGGACUGGGGCCGCCGCUGCGGGAAGCCAAGAUCUGGUGGUUCUGAAGAGCAGCCUGAACAGCCCCGAUGAAAAGCCCUGCUUCCUUUACCUGAGAUGUGACCCUAACGGAGGCGAGGAAAUCGUUGCUGUUGGCAUUUUGAGUUCAGCAAGAAAUAUGGAAGUGUACUUAGGAGACGAGUACUGUGGAACCAGUAGGGGCAAGAAUGUUUGUAGUGAUCGGGAUCACAGUGAGCACAGAAUUGUUUUCUACAAAAAAUAUUUAAAAUUGGAGUCCUCCAGCCAUGCUUGUAAAGUAAAGUUGCUCUCCUUUGGUGAAAAGCAGUGUGUGUUCAUCAGUAAAAUUGUGGUACAGUUGAGGCGGGUUUCAACAAAUUCUUCCACAAGCUCUCCUGCUCUAGGAUCAAGGAUAGACCUGCAGAGGGUCCAAACUCUCAUGGAGGCCAUGGGGUCAAAGUUGUCACCUGGCGCUCAGCAACUGAUGAAUAUGGUUAAAUUUCAGCAGCAGAAUUGUGUUCCCAUCGGAGAGCAGCUUCGGUCGGCUUUGGGAAAUACUGGCUACAAACGUAUGAUCGACCUGCAGUCGUCAGUUGCUUCAGGAGCCUCAGACAAGUCACCCUCCACGCCUUUCCCUUUUAGAACCGGAUUGACAUCUGGAACCCUGACUGAAGACUUAAACACCUACGUUGAUAAAAGUCCACAGCCACCGGGUGCAGGAAACACUACAAACCUCCAAGAGUAUAACAUUGUGCCACAAAACCAUUCUUUUCUUGAGAAUGACCUGAGAAACGCAGUUUCUUCUUUCCUGCCGAAAAAAGCGAGUGACAACUCAAAUGUCCCUAACUCUGAGUUGCUGCCUUUUCUCCAGAAUUUAUGUAGUCAGGUUAACCAUCUCCGUGUGGGACGUAACACCAAGUGGCAGGAAGGCAUCACUAAGGCUGGGGAAGGCGUUGUUGGUGUUGCAAUGGAAGAGCAACCUGUGUGCACCUACUUGGAAAAGAUUCUUACUAAAAAUAUGGAACUGCUGGAAAAGAAACUUGUGGACCACAUCGAUCAGCGAAUAUAUCAACUCCAGGAACACAUGGAUACAAAGAUGGCUCUGUUAAUGGACCUGCUGCAGAAUCCCUACUCCCCACCCCCUGGGACGGUCCUUAGACAGUGUGACUCUGGAGAAAGACUUUCAAAUGGAGAAAGAUAAGUGCUCAACAUGUAGGAUGUACUGCAGAUAUUUAUUACGUAUUUAUUGCAAAGCCUAAACCCCCAGAGUUCAAAGCAAGUAUUUAAUGUCAUUUGAGGAGCAUCAGCUUACUUACAUCAAGUGACCUCAUUACUGUCAAUCCAGGACUGUGCAUUAAAAUUAACAUGAUAGGGUCAUCAAUCAUUUUUGUUUGCAAUAUUGUUUACUUUUAUUUUUUACUUGUAUUUACUUUUAUUUUUGUUUAAGUGUUUAAAGUUUUUAAGGAUGUCUAUUUUAAUUAAUGAAUCUGUAUUUUAUGUGUUUCAGUACUGUUUUAAUUUAUAGAAAGGCCUUAUGUUUUAGGGAUAUGAAAAAAAUACAGUAUUUGAUGUAUUUUUCUUUUUCUAAUUGAUUGUUCUUGGAAACCUUAGAGUACUUAAGCCUUGCAACCUUUAAUUUCCAGUCACCAAAUUACAUUUUAUGUUGUUUAUUUCAGAUAAAAAAUUAGAUGUGAUAUUUCUGCAAAAUUAGUAUACAUUGGGGCCAUUAGUUUUAUGUUCUGUCACAGUGGAGCUCUACUGUGGGUAGGAAAGAAACAUCAGAACUGGACUUUUUUGUUAAGAUUAUUACUUUAGAUUUUGCAUUUGAUGUAAAACAAGAGAAGUCAUCUUGUUUCAUUUCAGUAAACACAGAAAGUAUAAGAAACUCUUCUCUUCUGAUAGUGGUUCUUCUUUCCAGAGCCCUGCUCUGGUAUAUUUAACAUGUGAAGUGCUGAACCUCUACAGUCGAGGAUAAAGGCAUAUGAAUCAAGGAGAUUGCACUUCUCUCUGGCAGACGUAAUUUUCAGAAAUUAUGACUAUUUUAUAUGUGUUGAGAUGUGGUAUAUUUGCAUCUAAAAAAUCAUCUACUCUGGAAACGAUGUGUCUUAAAUAAAUAUAAAUAUUUUCUUUUUUA